CUCUCCCCUUUAAAGCCCUUCGUCGCCUCCACCAUCUCUCUCUCAGAUCUGUUCCUCUGCUUUCUCCGGUAAACCCUAGCUAGGAGCAUCUAUGGCGGAGACUCCGAGGAAGAGAAUCAUCGGAACCCCUGGUAAACUGAAGCAAACACCAACUAAUCCUUAUGCGAAACGGUAUCGGUCUCCUUCGUCAAUUUCGGUUACUCCUCAGACUCCACAGUCCCAAACUCCUAUUCGCAGUUCCACUCGUCGAGCUUCGAAGAGGAUCGAUCUGGUAAAUGGGCACGAAUCCAAUUGCUUGAUCGAUGGUCCGGCGGAGGAAUCGAUCCAAGAGCUGAAACUGGUUCGUAGAAGGGAAAGAGUUCCCAGAAAAUCGAUGGUCGAUUUCAGCGAAGAACACGGAGGUAAAUUAACGAAGCCCUGGAAUCUGAGAACCCCGAAGAAGAAAGACGCGUCUGAUGGAGAAAUUUCGUUUUCUCUGGCAUCGCCGGAUCAGCCGGAGACGAGGAAGAGGAAGAGAAGAAAUGUACCGACGAGGAGAUCCCUCGAACCGAUUGCUGCGAAAUCGAGCAUGAGGGAGGCAAAGAGGAGUAACAAUAGGGCCGCGAAGAAGAGAGUGUAUUAUAAAAAAGUGUUAUUCGACGGUGUUGAAUUCCAGGUCGGCGACGAUGUGUAUGUAAAGAGGAGAGAGGACGAGAGUUCAGACAACGAAGACCCAGAAACCGAGGAAUGCAGAAUUUGCUUCAAAUCAGGGAAUAGAGUUAUGAUUGAGUGUGACGAUUGCCUCGGUGGGUUUCAUUUGAAAUGUAUGAAACCGCCAUUGAAAGAUGUCCCUGAAGGUGAUUGGAUUUGUGGGUUUUGCGAGGCUAAGAAGUUAGGUGAGACGGUCGAGCUUCCGAAGCCACCGGAAGGGAAGAAACUGAAGAGGACAUUGAGGGAGAAACUCCUUUCAGGUGAUCUAUGGGCUGCGCGAAUCGAGAGAUUGUGGAAAGAAGCUGAUGAUGUCUACUGGAUUCGGGCUCGUUGGUAUAUAAUACCAGAAGAGACAUCUGCCGGGCGUCAGCCUCAUAAUCUUAAACGAGAGCUCUACAUGACAAAUGAUUACGCUGACAUUGAGAUGGAAUGCAUUCUCAGGCACUGCUUUGUUAAGAGCCCAAAGGAGUUUGCCAGGGCGAGCAAUGAUGGGGAUGACAUAUUCCUGUGUGAAUAUGAAUAUGACGUACAUUGGCAUAGCUUCAAGCGUUUGGCUGAAAACAAUGAUGACGAAGAGGGUGAUGGAGGUUCAGAAAGCGAUCAAGACUGGAACUCCAGCAAAGAUGUGGAGUCUGAUGCUGAAGAAGAGAUUGAAUUUGAGGAUGAAGAAACUGCCCGGAAUUCGCAAACUAGGACAAGUGCAACUCGUGCAAGAGCUGCGAACUCUCGGAAAGGGCGUUUCUCUGGCCUAGAGAAGGUAGGAACAAAACGGAUUCCUGAGCAUGUGAGAUGUCACAAGCAGACUGAACUGGAAAGAGCCAAAGCCACUUUGUUAUUGGCAACACUGCCCAAGUCUCUUCCUUGUAGGAACAGAGAAAUGGAGGAGAUAUCUUCAUUUAUAAAGGGUUCCAUCAGUGAUGAUCAAUGUCUAGGCCGGUGUAUGUACAUUCACGGAGUCCCGGGGACAGGAAAGACCAUAAGUGUACUUUCAGUGAUGAAAAACUUGAAGGCAGAGGUUGAAGCAGGAAGCAUAAGGCCAUAUUGUUUUGUGGAGAUCAAUGGUCUGAAGUUAGCUUCACCUGAGAAUAUUUACAGUGUAAUUUAUGAAGCGCUGAGUGGGCAUCGUGUAAACUGGAAGAAAGCCCUGCAUUCUCUGAAUGAGAGAUUCUCCGAAGGAAAAAGGAUUGGGAAAGAGGACGGCAAGCCUUGCAUACUUCUCAUUGAUGAACUUGAUCUUCUUGUCACUAGAAAUCAGUCGGUUCUGUACAAUAUUCUAGAUUGGCCUACCAAGCCUAAUUCCAAUUUGGUUGUUCUAGGAAUAGCAAACACAAUGGAUCUUCCGGAGAAGCUGCUUCCUCGAAUUUCAAGUCGGAUGGGUAUACAAAGGCUUUGUUUCGGUCCUUAUAAUUAUCAUCAGCUUCAAGAAAUCAUUUCCACACGGUUGAAAGGCAUCGAUGCCUUUGAGAAGCAGGCCAUUGAGUUUGCUUCAAGAAAGGUAGCAGCGAUAUCAGGAGAUGCACGUCGUGCCCUUGAGAUAUGCCGGCGUGCAGCAGAAAUCACUGAUUAUCGUAUCAUGAACGGAUCUGCAUGCCCAAAAUCUGGAGGAAAAAUUCUUGUGAGUAUGGCAGAAGUUGAAGCAGCCAUUCAAGAGAUGUUUCAAGCACCUCAUAUCCAAGUUAUGAAGAGUAGUUCAAAACUGAGUAAAAUAUUCUUGACGGCUAUGGUUCGCGAGCUUUACAAAACUGGGAUGGCGGAGACCACAUUUGAUAAGGUGGCUAUGACCGUAUCAUCUCUUUGCUCAGCCAAUGGAGAAGCUUUUCCUGGUUGGGACACUCUUCUAAAAGUCGGUUGUGAUCUAGGCGAAUGCAGGAUCAUUCUCUGUGAACCCGGGGCUAGGCACAGUUUGCAGAAGCUGCAGCUGAAUUUUCCGAGUGAUGAUGUAGCUUUUGCACUGAAGGACAAUAAGGAUCUCCCAUGGUUGUCUCAGCAUCUGUGAUAUCAUCUAUAAAUUGAAGGUCAUCUGCAAUGAUUCAGAUUAUGAUCUCCACAGGUCCAAGAUUUUUUUUUUAUAAACAAAAAUAAAAGUUUUGAUCUUUUCAAACAGUUUCCAAAGACUUGGACUUUUAUUCAUUUGGUGCUGGAGGGAUUAAAGAUAGAAACCAUACUGGAAAUCUGUUGUUUGUUGGAUUCAUGUAUCUGUUGUUUGUUCAAUCACAUAUCUGAAAUUGUAUUCUUUUGGAUAAUUGUUUUAUUGAUUACUCCACAUUGUGUCA